AUGGAUGAAAAUGUGCAUGUCAUGGCCUUAGGGCAAAAGGUCCUCGACAACGAGGUGAUGAUGGGUAUGAUACUCACGCAGAUGGAACAGAUAAGGAAAAAACUUACAAAGCCUUCCGGAAUCCCGGCGCAAAGCGAGAGUACAGACAUUGGUCCUGUGUGGUACAACGAUCUCGAGAACUGUAAAGAGAACAUUGAAGCCAUAAAAGAGACAAUUGCUCGUGACAAACAGGACACCCGCAAAAUUCAAAGCCUUCUUUCUACGAUCAAGGGCAUAGAGGGAAGAAUGCAAAAAAUUGAUGUCAAGAUUGAUGAUAUAGAGGCAAAAGAAGUUGAGUCCAACCUGUUGGGUUUGGUCACAUCAAAUCAAUCCAAGGAGCUUUCAACCACUACGGCAAGCAACGAUGUAGCUGCGGUGACGUUUGAAGAGAAACUGUUUGCAAAAGAACAAGAGAUUAUCAAGAAAAUUUUUAACCAAGUCGAAGCGCUUUUGAAAGCUCAGCAACAACUUAUGGAGGGUGCGAGAGAUGAAGAUCGCAAGAAUAUGGCUAACCUUGUCCACAGGGAGAUUACAACUCUACAUCAAGAGCUGACGAAUCAAAAUGCAUCACACGGCAUAACUAUGAUGGAUGAUGAGGUUGAACCUCUGGCCUUGGAAAUUAAAGAACUGAAAACGGUAGUGCAGGGACUCGAAAGCUUUGUUCAUAAGCAGCAGAAUGCUAUCGAACAAUUUUCCGAAAAGUUCGAACUUCCGGACGAGGUCCCACAGAUCUGCGAUGAUAUGGAAAUUGAUAAGCCUGAAGACCAUCUUGAACGCAGAGUCUCUGCUGUCGAAUCCUUCUCAGAGGAAGCUGAAGCCCAGCGCGAAGCCAGGAAUGCCGAGAAGUUUGAAAAAUUUCAACAGGAAAUGCUAAAGUUGAUUCAUUCAAUGGUAGAAGAAAGGACUUUGGCCAGUGCUGCAGAACUUUCGGCUCAGCAAAGCAAGAUCUUGCAGGUUGAAGGACCAGAGCUGGAUCUUGAAAACGAAUUCAACAGCAGAUUUUCUGCCUUCAGGAAAACAAUAGAUGAUGCAGUUGAAAGACAGGUAGUCAUCACAAUUGACCGACAAGCAGUACAAGAUAAACCUUCUGAUGUGUCUGAAGACUUGCGCCUUCAAAUAUUGGAUUUGAGAAAUCGUGACGAAGAGAAUCGGCGGAAGAUUUCUGACCAAUCUGCGGCCAUAGAAAAAAUCUCUUCCGGAUUGCCCUGUCCUGACUCACGUCAAGAACCUCCUCAAGGAUCUCGUGAAGCACUCGUUCGAUUCCAAGAAUCACCCCAUGAAGAACACUCGGAUGGGUUUCUUGAUUUUACAAACAGCUUGCAGUCUGGAUCAUCACAUUGUUCCACGCCACAAAUGCAAGGCCAUCCAGGAAACCGCGAGGAAGAGGCGAGAGGCAGAGCUCUACUUCGCAAAUCACAGACUAGCGUACCGACUUCUCCUAAUAACACCUCAUCUUUCCAACGCACAACCUCUACGGAUCGCGCUUCCCAACGAUCCUCGCAACAAUCGACGCCGGUGCAUAACCCGGAAAAUAAUCAAUCAAGUCCAGGAUACCGCGAGGAAGAGGCGAGAGGCGGACGUGGGGUUCGUUUUGAUACCAGCGUACCGACUUCUCCUAAUAACACCCCAUCUUUCCAACGCACAACCUCUGCGGAUCGCACUUCCCAACGACCCUCACAACAAUCGACGCCGGUGCAAAACCCGGAAAACGAUCAAUCAACUUCUCAAUCAACGUCACGUAUCAACUCCAAUGGGCAAUCUGCUACAGGAAGUGGCACGGCCACGCCUGUCUCAAGAAAACGAAAGUGGAGGAAAUCCAAAGAAGCACCCAAAAAACCAAAGCGUCCAAGUCUUCGGCAAGAACGAAGGUCAAUGACUCCACAGGUAAAAGAAGCUGAUGAACAAACAGCACUUCAGGUACAGAAGCAUUUUCGACUGAUGGCAGGGGUGGGUCGCUCUAAAGUAGACUUCCCAAAAUCCCCAACACACUCAGACCUCGAAAACCUGCCGAAGCUCACUGUAGAUUACGAGACUGCACCACUUGGAGAGGCUGUCCCCAACCUGAUCAGACAGGAUCAACUCCGACCAACUUGGAAACCUGAAGAAAUGGAACAUGAAGCAUCUGGUAUGCUACAAUACUACCGACGUAGACUUCAGCAAUAUGGGCUUCCUUAUGUGGGUUUGAGCACAGCUAAAGAUAUAAACGCAGAGGACUGGAAUAGAAGGGUUCUUGCAUUCUGCACGGAUACGUUCAACAGAGCAUACGGAUGUCAAGAGUAUCAUGUCGUGGACCACAACCCGCAACGUAUCAUGAAACUAAUGCAAGUGCAUAUUGAGUACCGCCUGAAGCAUAUGAGAAGAUACAGCAAUAAUGAAGAUGUACUUCAGACGGACCAAAAACGAGACCGUCAACAACAAAGAAGAUUACGAGUAUGUUCUGGGCUUUUGGAUGUACCAUGA